GAACAACACGCUCUAGUUGAUAUCUAUAGGGCCACAGGCCCCCAACACUGUGUGCACAUCUCCACGUUAACUCAAAAUAACCCCUAGGAUCAAGGAAAUACUUCCAUCGCUCGGUCGGACUCCCACGUCUUGACCAAACCGGGCGUCAUGGGACGUCCUGCAUCAACCUACAGAGGGUGCUUCGUUUCUGUUCACGGUCCCUGUGGAUAUAAAUCAAGGCGUGACCGAAAUCGGAGAUGUCUGCCUCCCCGACUACGUUUGCAGUGCCCGAAACCCAACGCGCAGCCGUGAUCACUGCGUUCGAUGCACCCUACACCAUAUCUACCUCGCAUCCAGUCCCAUCUCCAUCUACGCUCACGUCGAACCAAUGCAUAAUAAAGAUGCUAGUCUCGGGCUGCUGCCACUCCGACAUGCAUAUUCGGAAGGGCGAAUGGAGAGGGACGACGACGGAACCGCCGUUGAUUGGGGGACACGAGGGCGUUGGGAUUAUCGUUGCAUUGGGCGAGAGUAGUGUUCAAGGAGUAAAAUGUAGGGACGGAUCAGUUCGAGUGGGGGAUAGAGUAGGCGUGAAGUGGACAGUCGAUGCGUGUGGGAUGUGCGAGCACUGCAGGACUGGGUUCGAUUCCCUCUGCCCAAGCAGGAAGAACUGUGGACAGACCGUGGAUGGGACAUUCGCUGAGUAUAUGCUCGCGUGGACAAACCAUGUCAUCCCGAUUCCUCCCUCCCUCGAAUCCCACGAUGCCGCUCCCAUUCUCUGCGCGGGUCUGACUGUCUACUCCGCCCUCAAGAAAUCAAACACAAUUGUCGGCAACUGGGUUGUCAUUCCUGGUGCGGGAGGCGGAUUGGGACAUCUCGCCAUUCAGUAUGCAGCUGCCAUGGGUUUGCGUGUCCUAGCCAUUGAUACCGGAUCCUCCAAGAAAUCAGCCUGCCUCUCUCGUGGUGCCGAACACUUCAUCGACUUCCAAGAAUGCAUCGCCGCUGCUACUACUUCCGCCUCUGAAUCUGGAAAGCCCGAAGCAGAGAAGUCUGCUAUAGUAGCGUUGGCUGUCGUCAAAGAGAUCGUUAGGGUCUGUGGAGGUGUGGGCCCGCAUGCAGCUGUUAUUAUCUCGCCUUCGCCGGCGUCGUACGAAGAUGCCCUCAAGUAUCUCCGGCCGAGAGGAACGUUGGUCGCUGUUGGGAUCCCGACUAAUUUCCCGCUGGGAGUUUAUGUGGGACUGCUGGUUGCAAAGAGUCUGAGGAUCGUGGGCUCGUUGCUUGGAAACCAGCAAGAUGCGAUCGAAGCUCUCGACCUCGUCGCACGUGGAAAGGUCAAGACGCACGUCAAUCUAAGGAAAAUGGAGGAGAUUAACGAGAUCUUCGACGAGAUGGAGAAGGGGACACUGAUUGGGCGGGCAGUGAUCCAGUUUUGAAAGUGCGCUGCAAUCCUCUGAAUGUAUAUGUAAGAUAUUGUGUCAUCGCCGUGUAUCUUUUAUUUGGUUUGCCAUGGAAUUCGAGACUCGUACGAAUCAUACAGCGAGAUCUUUUGUCGCAGCUCAUA